GCGUGUUCAAGCUCGCUCUAUCUAUCGACACUACUCUAAACUAGCCAACCCGCACAAACACUGCCAACAUCAUAGACAUCACAGGCACCCGCAGCAGUCUCUCCUGCGCAACUUGAGUCCAACAACCUUACGCGUGCGCCACACAUGCGAGACCCCCGAGCUACAUUCACCCAACACCUCUCUAGUAUCCUCCCAAUGAUGAGUCGGCCAUGGGCUUAAAGUGGACGCGCGAUGGCUCGUCCGUAAUGCCCCUCGACGCCGCCUCUUCCAUGAUCGCCACAGUAGCAGUCGCUCCGAUCCGAGUGACGCCGAGCGACAUAACAUGUAGCACAUCGUCCAGUGUGCGAACGCCACCAGCUGCCUUCACUUGAACCUCAGGCUUGGAAUGCUGUCUCAUCAGCUUGAGAUGCGGGACAGUAGCACCCGCAUAUGUAUACAGUCCGUUUGACUGCUUGACGAAGCCGUACCCUGUCGACGUCUUGACAAAGGCGACGCCAACUUCAGAGCAGAUCUGGCACAGCCGGAUGAUAUGACGCUCCUCGAGAUAGUCAUUCUCGAAAAUGACCUUGAGGAUGGCCCCGUGCUGCACAACGGCUUCGUUGAUCUGCUUGAUCUCAUCAGCCACGUACUCCCAGUCGCCGCCCAGGGCCUUGCCGAUGUUGAUGACCAUGUCUAUCUCUUUGCCUCCUUCCGAUGCAGCUCUGGUGGCCUCAAAGACUUUGACUUCAGUGGUGCUGUUGCCAUGCGGGAAGCCAAUGACGGGGCAGACCAGGACGUCCGAUCCGGCCAACGCUUCUUUCGCCCGCGAUAUGAGGUAAGGCUUCACGCACGCGGUAGCAACGCCAUACUUCUUUGCGAUUUCGAGGCCAGCGUCGAUGUCAGCAUCGGUCAUGGUCGGAUGCAGCAGCGAGUGGUCGAUCAUCUUGGCCACGUCCUUCAGAGUGACGGAAAUGGAAUUGGGGGGAGUGGUGUCGGCCAUGGUCGCGGGGAAGAGGAAUAAAUUGCCGAAGCAAGUGGGUUCUCUGGACGCGAACUUUGUAAUCUGGAAAAGGAGGCAAGUAUAAUUGAUAUAGGGAUUGAGACUCAGGAUAUCGGUGUCGUCUACAUCGCGAACGAACCUAGAUUUAUAUACCAAGCCCGAGCCUUUGUUCCGCCCAUAUCACAUCGCACUCUUUCGACGCGAAAAGGCCAUCCCGGUGGCUGUUUCUUCGUCCAAGCUACUAUGAUCGCAAGUUCCGGCGGAACUGUAUACUAUGGUAUUGUGGUAUACACUUCCACCGGAACUGGCGAUCGCCCGCUCCGGCACACCGGACAUCGGACGCCACCAAUCGGAACACCAGUCGAUUCGGAUCGUUCCUCGUCCCGACUGCGUUGAGCGUAGCAACUCAUACGUCGACAAUCACCGCACACCAGCAUAUACGGUCUUGGGCAUACUGACUACAAAAUUGCCCAGGCCCCUUCCACCAUGUAGAAUUCUCAUCGCUGCCAACGUUGCUACUGUUGUCUCAAGAUGGAUGAUAAUAUUUCAGCAGACGUCAAUAUCCUAUCACAGUAUCUGUCUAGACCGGAUGUCACCUCUCUCUCGUCUGUCGGACAGGUAGAUUGCAUCGUGCUAUGCGUCAGCUCCGUCCUGUACAGCGCCCAAACAGUCUUCGACACCCUCGUGCGGCAGCCUAGCCUCACCAAAACCCUUGUGCUUUGCGGCGGUCUUGGCCACUCAACCGAGCUCGUACACAAGGCCGUCGCCCUUCACCCGACAUUCAAGAGCAUAGCUGCCGAGAUCUGUGGGCUGCCCGAAGCCCAAGUCCUCCAUGCUAUCUGGAACUCGUUCUACGCAAGCCAGGUCGACGACCCCAGCGCUGCACCUCGGAUCCUUAUCGAAGAUCGCUCCACGACCUGCGCUACCAACGCGUCGGAAGCGCGCAAGCUGCUCGAAGCAAGCGCGCCGCGCACCAUUGUGGUCAUUCAAGAUCCGACCAUGGUUCGACGGACGGUGGCAUGCUUCGACCGUGUCUACAUGGACAUGGCGCAGCCCCCGACAAUCCUCGGCUGUCCGAUCUUUGUUCCUCGCGUAAAGCGCAGCGGUGGCGGCACUAGCGGGCAGCUGGCAUACGAAUCACCGCCGGUCAACGAAGCAUUGAUGUGGAAGAUGGACCGUUUCUUGCAGCUGGUCAUGGGCGAGAUUCCGCGAUUGAGAGAUGACGAAUACGGCUAUGGUCCCAAGGGCAAUGGCUCCAUCGUCCAUGUGGAUAUUCCCGAUGAGGUUGAGCAGGCUUAUACGCGGCUUGCCGGCAAGAUUGCGCAUCGUAGAUGAGUUUCCGGAAGUGAUUCGCCGGGUGUCCGGGACGAGCUCUGUGGAGCCACACAUUAGGCUUAUUUUGUGAAGAUAGACGAAAGAAUUAGAUACGAGUAUAGAGAGUACCUAAAACGCAUCUCGUUGACACCAAUCAGAUACCUUGCAUGAAAUUUGGUGGAAUGGUGUUUCAGUAACAAUUAAACCAAGGUUGAUGUAUAUCAGUUACUUUUCAAACUACUACUUAUAAACUAGGAGUCUCCUGGGUAACAUUGUGAUAUAUUGAAAGUCAUGAGGAGGUUCACGAUUCAAGACAUUGGUCAACAAUGCAAUGUAUU